AAUAAAACUAUUUAUUGAUCUUUGAUAUGUUUACAUUAUGAAUUGUAAAAGUAGUCCAUGAAAAGUGCAUUAAUAUUAAAAGUGCAAAGUGUCGUUAAAAGAAUAGAUUUCAAUGUUGCGCGAUAAUUUUCUAGUUUCUUUUAUCAGCCCAAAAAAUUGUGCAUUGAUGUAUCAGCAGAUGAUAAAGAAGUAUGUUGUAGUAUCAAAAUACUGGCAUGUAAAUAUGCAAACAUCGAUUUAGUUACUCUUUAAAAAAGUCAGUAGAAAUAAUACUUAUUAAUUAAAAUUUAUCAUAAUUGUUCGAGAAUGAAUGGGACCAGUGAGAUAGAUAAAAGCGUAUUAACAAUCAUUUUAGAUGUGAAUCCAAUGCAAAGAAUUGAGAGAAAUGAUCCAAAAAUUCUUACACAAUGUAUUGAUUCAGUGAUAGUAUUUGCAAACGCUCAUUUAAUGCAAACGCCCAACAAUGAACUCAUUAUACUUGCGUGCCACAGUCAAGGGGCUAAGUUUUUAUAUCCAGAUACCGACAAAGUGACUGAAAUAAGACAAUUUGAUGGGCAGUACGAAAAAUUUACAUUAGUUGAAUUUUCAAUACGACAAAAGUUAAAAGAAAUAGUCAAUGAAUUGGCAAGUGUUAAAAAUUUACAUGAAGAGAGCUUAAUUUCUGGUGCUAUGUCAUUAGCACUCUGUUAUAUUGCACGUCUGGAACGUGACAAAAUACCUGGAGUAAAACUUCAUUCUAGAAUUUUAAUUGUUACGGGUAGCAAUGACUCUGCUACUCAGUACAUGAAUUACAUGAAUAUAUUCUUCACAUCACAAAAAAUGGGUAUAAUCAUAGAUGUAUGCAGUUUGGAUCAAGAGCUAACGUUGUUACAACAGGCUUGUGAUAUAACGGGUGGAAAUUAUUUGAAAAUUCCACAGAUUGCUGGAUUACUUCAAUAUUUACUGUGGGUUUUCCUUCCUGAUCCAGCAGUUCGAACAAAACUCGUUCUACCACCACCUGUAAAAGUUGAUUACAGAGCUGCUUGUUUUUGUCAUCAUGAACUCGUUGAUAUUGGUUAUGUUUGUUCUAUUUGUUUAUCAAUUUUCUGUAAAUUUAGCCCAAUCUGUACAACUUGUCACACUUUAUUCAAAAUGCCUGCUCCAAUACCUGUGAAAAUGAAGAAAAAGAAAAAAUAUGCAGAUAUUGUUCAUUGAUUAAUACAAUUUUGUAAGCAAUCGUCGACUAUCAAGUUCUCGUUGUCUCGAAACAAGAUAUUGCAACAAUUCAAUCGAAAGGUGGAGGGAAGCCACAGAUAUAUAAGGAAAAAAGAGGCAUGAGGUGAAAGCGAACAUGAGCCCAGCAAUUUUGCCAUCGGAAUUUGAAAUGUUUUCAUGAAUAAAUAUUAUCUUUCGGGUUACCGAAUGGUUGCACGGGAAUGUGGAGGUUCUACAAACACUCAAACUUGCAUGAGGUCUUGAGAUAUAAAAGAUGAGAUAGAAAAAACAGUAAAAAAUGCAGUACUACAUAAAACGAUAUGAUUACAAAUAAUGAUAUAUUCAUUGAAGAUAUUUAAAAAUAGUUAUUAUGCUUGUACAAAUGCUGAAAUAAAAGAGACAUUAGGUACAUUGAAUGUGAAAUAUAAUGGUGAUGUGUUCAACAGUGCGGAGCACGCUUUUACUAUUUAUUGAAAAACGCAUUCAGUGAUCUUAUUGAACGAGACUUCACAUAUUGCUAUAAACUACUUUCGAUAUUGCUCGUCGUAUUUUUCUCAGAUCUGGAAGAUUUACGACACCGACAUGGCAAUGUAUUUUAAUAUACGAAUAGCAUGUCGGUAGUUUAUUCGAUCGUUUUCUUGAAAAGUAAAGAAAUUCUCUUAAAAAAGCUCUAUCGUUUGGUUAUUUUUUCGGUUUAUUUAACUUUGGUUUAUAUGUAUGGACACAAUGACUAACAAGAUACGUGUGAGUUCCUUUAGAACUAUUGGACUUCUCUGACCUCGUUAAAAUUAAUUGACCACAAAGUGAUCAGUUUCUCAUGAGAUUGUCUUAGUAGUUAGGGAGGUCUUCAAAGCUAUUUGAACAGAAAGUAACAUUGGACAUUGUUUUUUUUUAUUUUGAUUCAAUAGAAAAAGGUAGUGAAAUAUGCAAUUCGAUUCAUAAUGGAUCUAAUUACUUUGAACAUUUGUAAUAAAUGAAUAAAUCUUUGGAGAAUUUCUUAUGAAGAUAUUAAUUAAGAGGUAAAUUUUUUCCUUUGAAAACAAAUAAUACUAUUUUUCGAUUGAAAUUUAUUGGAAAAUGAGAUUGCAAGUUGCUGAAUUGAUAUUUUUUAUUCAAUACACUCACCUAUAUUUUAUUAUCUGGACUUUCUGUCGUUUAAAGCAGCUUCAAUUUAACAGGGAAAUAGACGUAUUUCAGUGAUUAAAUUUAUUAUUUGAUGGUAUUUGGCCAAUGCCUGAUUUCGAUAGAUUAAUCUUGCUAAUGACUUCGAUCAAUAAGGUUGUUAACUGUAAUAGUGAUCUUUAUAAAAAAUUACCAGUAUCUUCAUUGAAAUCAACUGAAAAUCAGAAUAUCAGAGUUGCUCAAGCUCAAGUUUAAGCGAUUAAUUUUUAGGUUGUAAGAAAAAAAAUAAGUUUUGUAGUUUCCAUUUUAAUUAAAUUUGUCGAAAUUUAUUUAGAAAUAUUUAAAUAAAACAAAAGUUGAAUUUUUUUUGUAAUGAUCAAGAAAAUUCAUCAAGUAUUGAUGUUAAUGAACGUAGAAAGUUCAAAAGAAGCUGAAUUAAUUCAGACUGAGGUUGUAAUAAAGACACUCGAUGUUAAUAUUUAAAGUUUCUUUGCUAGGUUAAAUAAGGUUUCAAAAUUACUAGUAUUGUGACGUUGGACAACAAAAAUAUUGUCAAGUAAACUUGUGUUAACACAAACGUGAUUUAUUAUUUUGAUUAUUCUAAUGGAUUUUUAUGAGUUAAAAGGAAAAUGACUAGAGGAUUUAAACUUGCUUGUUUCUUCGUGAAAAUUAAUAAGCAAAUAUAACAGCUACAAAUUCAUUUACUUGUUUGAAAUGAGAGUUUUGCAUGAUGGAAAUGAGAAAGAAAAUUCGAGGAAGAAAUAAAAAGAAAAAAAGAAAAUAGAAACUCAUGAAAAACUUAAAUAUGUUUUUAAAGGAAUAUUCAAUGCAUAAAGUCACGUAACUGAUGAGUUUUUUGUUUACAAAAGUGGAUACUUGUGAAAAAAAAUUUACAUAAAUCAUUCGCAAAUAAUCUAUAAAUAAAGUUGAACAGGAAUAAAAAGUACUGAAAGUACUGUAUCGAAAUAAAAAAAAUCAUACUUCUUAUUAUUCAACAGUUAAAAUUCAGUCAUUAAAAAUAAAAGAAUCAAAGAUAAGAAUGAAAAAUUUAUUAAAAUUAACUAGGCGAUUCAUUAAAAGUAGAGUGAAAGUAUGAAAAACGACUAAAGAUCAAACAUUUGAGUUUCACUGAUAUAUAAAAAUCAGUUAUCGAAAAAAUCUGAUUUGACGAGAAAUAUAAAGACGAGUAGAUAUCAUCGUUGUAAACUUUAUUGUUCCGUUCAGCACAAACUUGAGCUUUUUUGUAAGUUGAGUGUGGUUUCUUCCAUAAAAGCUUCAACUUAUAUUCCACCUUUUAGUAAGUAACUUUCCGCUGAAUCAGCCAAUUUAAGAUUUUUCGAGUUUUUACUACCAUGUGCAUUACGACAUCGCUGUGAUAUUUGCUACAAAAAUUUCAGCGGAGUAUUUGGUAGUUUAUAUUUGUUUACCUACUAAAUUUACCACCUAGGCAAAAAAGAAUGAAAAUAUUUCUUCAGAUAAAGUGGUGUGAACUUUAUCAUGAUAAUGGAGUAUUUAAAUAAAUAAUUCAUUGAGGCUGAUAUUUUAUAACAAUUUUUUGUAAUGAAGAUUAGAAAAUAAAUUAAUAAAAA